AAAAAAAAGGGAUCUCAAUCUCGAGAUAGCGAGGAGGACGAGAAAAAAAAGACAGGAGGAGAGAGAGAGAAAGAGAGAGAGAGAAGGAGGGGUGGUUCUUUGUUUUCUUGUAGAGAAAGGGGGGAAGCAUAAAAGAAACAUAGUAACCGGCUGAGCGGAAUCCACGCAGUCGGACGGAGCUCUCGCAUUCGCUUGCAGGACCACCUGAAGAUGUCGACUCCGGACCCCCCAAUGGGAAGCACCCCCCGGCCUGGCCCCUCCCCUGGGCCUGGCCCCUCCCCGGGUGCCAUGAUGGGUCCCAGCCCCGGCCCUUCUCCGGGCUCCGCGCACAGCAUGAUGGGUCCCAGCCCGGGGCCCCCACCCGCAGGGCACCCCCAGGGCCCUUCCGCGUACCCUCAGGAGAACAUGCAUCAGAUGCACAAGCCGAUGGACUCCAUGCACGAGAAGGUCCUGCCUGACGACCCUCGCUACAGCCAGAUGAAGGUAAUGGGGAUGAGGCCGGGCCCUCACAGCGGGAUGGGGCCCCCUCCAAGCCCCAUGGACCAGCACUCGCAAGGCUACCCCUCCCCUCUCGGAGGAUCCGAGCAUGCCCCCAGCCCCGUACCCGCCAACGGGCCCCCAUCGGGCCCCCUGAUGCCCCAGGGCCCGGGUGGGGCUCCCCUGGAUGGAGUAGACCCCCAGAACAUGGGCCAGCAGAACCGAGGCGGCCCGACCCCGUUCAACCAGAACCAGCUGCACCAGCUCCGCGCCCAGAUCAUGGCUUACAAGAUGCUGGCACGCGGGCAGCAGCUGCCUGAUCACCUCCAGAUGGCAGUCCAGGGGAAGAGGCCCAUGCCGGGGAUGCAGUCGCAGAUGCCAAGCCUACCUCCUCCCAGCGUUCCUGGGGCUGGACCUGGGCAAGGGCCUGGCCCCACCCCCUCCAACUACAACAGACCUCACGCAGGAAUGGUUGGACCCAACAUGCCUCCUCCGGGACCCUCUGGGCUCCCCCCAGGGAUGCAGGGCCAGCCCCUCAAUGGACCCCCCAAACCCUGGGCAGAAGGACCCAUGGUGAACGCUGCAGCCCCGACCAGCACCCCUCAGAAGCUGAUCCCUCCCCAGCCGACAGGCCGCCCCUCUCCCGCUCCCCCCUCCGUACCACCUGCUGCCUCCCCCGUCAUGCCCCCUCAGACCCAGUCCCCCGGCCAGCCGGUCCAGCCCCCGUCCAUGGUGCAGCUGCACCAGAAACAGAACCGCAUUACUCCCAUCCAGAAACCCCGGGGCCUGGACCCUGUGGAGAUCCUGCAGGAGCGGGAGUACAGGCUGCAGGCGCGCAUUGCACACCGGAUUCUGGAACUGGAAAACCUCCCAGGAUCGCUGGCAGGAGACCUGAGGACCAAAGCAACCAUCGAACUGAAAGCACUGAGGCUGCUCAGCUUUCAGAGACAGUUGCGACAGGACGUGGUGGUGUGCAUGCGCAGAGACACUGCCUUGGAGACCGCGCUCAACGCCAAGGCUUACAAGCGCAGCAAGAGGCAGAGCCUCCGCGAGGCGCGCAUCACAGAGAAACUGGAGAAGCAGCAGAAGAUUGAGCAGGAGCGCAAACGCAGGCAGAAGCACCAGGAAUAUCUCAACAGCAUUCUCCAGCACGCCAAGGAUUUCAAAGAGUACCACCGCUCCAUCACCGGCAAGAUCCAGAAGCUGACCAAAGCCGUGGCCACGUACCACGCCAACACGGAGCGCGAGCAGAAGAAGGAGAACGAGCGGAUCGAGAAGGAGAGGAUGAGGAGGCUGAUGGCUGAGGAUGAGGAGGGCUACCGGAAGCUGAUUGACCAGAAGAAGGACAAGCGCCUGGCUUACCUGCUCCAGCAGACUGACGAGUACGUGGCGAACCUGACAGAGCUCGUGCGCGCGCACAAGGCCGCCCAGGUGCUCAAGGACAAGAAGAAGAAGAAGAAAAAGAAGAAGGUAGAAGUCCCAGAAGGUCAGACUGCAGCUCUGGGUCCAGACGGGGAGCCUCUGGACGAAACCAGUCAAAUGAGUGACCUCCCAGUGAAGGUUAUCCAUGUGGACAGUGGCAAGAUCCUGACGGGCGCCGACGCCCCCAAAGCUGGACAGCUGGAUGCCUGGCUGGAGAUGAAUCCGGGCUACGAAGUUGCUCUGAGGUCCGACAGCGAGGACAGCGGCUCCGAAGAGGAGGAGGAGGAGGAAGAGGAGGAACAGCCUCCUCCACAGCCCAGCCAGUCCGCUGUGGAAGAGAAGAAGAUCUCAGACCCAGACUGUGAGGAAGUGUCCGAGGUCUACGUCAGGCACAUCCUCGACAAUGCCAAGCAGGAUGUGGACGAUGAGUACGGCUCUGCCGCUUUCGCCCGCGGGCUGCAGUCUUACUACGCUGUCGCUCACGCCGUCACCGAGAGAGUGGACAAGCAGUCUUCACUCCUCGUCAACGGACAGCUCAAGCAGUACCAGGUGAAGGGUCUGGAGUGGCUGGUGUCUCUCUACAACAACAACCUCAACGGCAUCCUGGCUGACGAGAUGGGCCUGGGGAAGACGAUCCAGACCAUCGCUUUAAUCACUUACCUCAUGGAGAACAAGCGCAUCAACGGGCCCUUCCUGAUCAUCGUACCUCUCUCAACGCUCUCGAACUGGGUUUAUGAGUUUGAUAAGUGGGGCCCCUCGGUGGUGAAGGUCUCCUACAAGGGCUCCCCGGCUGCGAGGAGAGCCUUCGUCCCUCAGCUUCGCAGCGGGAAGUUCAACGUGCUCCUCACCACUUACGAGUAUAUCAUCAAGGACAAGCAAAUCCUAGCCAAGAUCCGCUGGAAGUACAUGAUCGUGGACGAGGGUCACCGCAUGAAGAACCACCACUGCAAGCUGACCCAGGUCCUCAACACUCACUACCUGGCUCCCCGGCGCCUCCUGCUGACCGGCACCCCACUGCAGAACAAGCUGCCCGAGCUCUGGGCUCUGCUCAACUUCCUCCUGCCCACCAUCUUCAAGAGCUGCAGCACGUUCGAGCAGUGGUUCAAUGCCCCCUUCGCCAUGACCGGAGAAAAGGUGGAUCUGAAUGAAGAGGAGACCAUCCUGAUUAUUCGCCGUCUCCACAAGGUGUUGCGCCCCUUCCUGCUGCGCAGGCUUAAGAAGGAGGUGGAGGCACAGCUCCCUGAGAAGGUGGAGUACGUGAUUAAGUGUGACAUGUCAGCGUUGCAGAGAGUCCUCUACAGACACAUGCAGGCCAAGGGCGUGCUGCUGACCGAUGGCUCCGAGAAGGACAAGAAGGGGAAGGGUGGGACGAAGACCCUGAUGAACACCAUCAUGCAGCUGAGGAAGAUCUGUAAUCACCCGUACAUGUUCCAGCACAUUGAGGAAUCCUUCUCCGAGCACUUGGGCUUCAGUGGUGGAAUUGUGCAGGGACCCGAUCUGUACCGUGCCUCAGGCAAGUUCGAGGUGCUGGACCGCAUCCUCCCGAAACUACGAGCCACCAAUCACAAGGUGCUGCUGUUCUGUCAGAUGACCUCGCUGAUGACCAUCAUGGAAGACUACUUCGCUUACCGCAACUUUAAAUACCUCAGACUGGAUGGAACCACUAAAGCUGAAGAUCGUGGGAUGCUGCUGAAGACCUUCAACGACCCCAGCUCCCAGUACUUCGUGUUCCUGCUCAGCACUCGCGCCGGAGGGCUGGGGCUCAAUCUGCAGUCUGCCGACACGGUCGUCAUCUUCGACAGCGACUGGAACCCCCACCAGGAUCUCCAGGCCCAGGACCGCGCUCACCGCAUCGGGCAGCAGAACGAGGUGCGAGUCCUGCGCCUGUGCACGGUCAACAGUGUGGAGGAGAAGAUCCUGGCCGCAGCCAAGUACAAGCUGAACGUGGACCAGAAAGUCAUCCAGGCGGGCAUGUUCGACCAGAAAUCCAGCAGCCACGAGCGGCGCGCCUUCCUGCAGGCCAUCCUGGAGCACGAGGAGCAGGACGAGGUCGGGAGCCAGGGGGUGUGGCGCUCCGGGGGGGUGUGGGAAGAGGACGAGGUCCCGGAUGACGAGACUGUGAACCAGAUGAUUGCACGCAGCGAGGAGGAGUUCGAUCACUUCAUGCGCAUGGACAUGGACCGGCGACGCGAGGAGGCCCGUAACCCGAAACGCAAGCCCCGUCUGAUGGAGGAGGACGAGCUGCCCACCUGGAUCAUGAAGGACGACGCGGAGGUGGAGCGGCUGACCUGCGAGGAGGAGGAGGAGAAGAUGUUCGGCCGCGGCUCCCGGCAACGCAAGGAGGUCGACUACAGCGACUCGCUGACCGAGAAGCAGUGGCUCAAGGCGAUCGAGGAAGGAACGCUGGAGGAGAUCGAGGAGGAGGUGCGGCACAAGAAGACGACCCGGAAGAGGAAGCGCGACCCGGACCUGGCAGCGCCCCCCGCGCCCGCCCCCACCCCCACCACGAGCACCCGCAGCCGCGAGAAGGACGAGGACAGCAAGAAGCAGAAAAAGCGUGGGCGCCCCCCUGCGGAGAAGCUCGCCCCGAACCCGCCCAACCUUACCAAGAAGAUGAAGAAGAUCGUGGAGGCGGUCAUCAAGUACAAGGAGAGCAACAACGGACGGCAGCUGAGCGAGGUCUUCAUCCAGCUCCCGUCACGCAAAGAGCUGCCAGAAUACUACGAGCUGAUCCGCAAACCCGUGGACUUCAAGAAGAUCAAGGAGCGAAUCCGGAAUCACAAGUACCGCAGCCUCAGUGACCUGGAGAAGGACGUCAUGCUGCUGUGUCAGAACGCACAGACCUUCAACCUGGAGGGGUCGCUGAAUGAACAGAUCUACGAAGACUCCAUCGUGCUGCAGUCCGUGUUCACCAGCGUGCGCCAGAAGAUCGAGAAAGAGGAGGAGAGCGACGGGGAGGACAGCGAGGAGGAGGAAGAGGUGGAGGAUGAAGGAUCGGAGUCCGAGUCCCGUUCUGUGAAGGUCAAGAUCAAGCUGGGCCGCAAGGAGAAGAGCCAGGAGAGGGGCAAAGGCCGGCGCCGCCCGAGCCGGGGGUCCAGAGCCAGGCCGGUGGUCAGCGACGACGACAGCGAGGAGGAGCAGGAGGAGGAGCGCUCUGCCAGCGGCAGUGAAGAUGAUUGAGCGGCUCCUCAAAAGGAAACAUUCCCACCCUGCCUUUUCCGAAGCCCGACUCUGUGGUAUUUUUUACGUAGGAAAAAACAACUGAGUAGUAAUAAUUAGUGGCAGGUUUUUUUUUUUUUUUUUAGCUUAAAAAAAUAAAUAAAAAAAAUUAAAAAAUUCCUUAUUUAUACAAGUAAGAUGUAGGACUGUUUUAUUGUCUCGCCUCGUCCUGGAAUCUGGAAAAGUGUCAACUUUACCUGUGCAAAAAACAAACAAAAAACCUCACGACCAGAACAGCUGAAUUGUGUUUUUUUUUUAUUUUUCUCCCUCAGUUUUAUUUCCAUGACAGUUCUGUUUUUGUCAGACGCAGUUAAAGGGGUUGGUGUAACUCUCGGAUCGCAUGUGCAGAAAUGCACUCCUAGUACUGUGUGUGUUUUUAAUAAAAUCAGGUCAACCCCCCCUGCAGUCUUUGUAUGUUCCCUCGGACACUGGGGGUGCCUCUCUCUGUGUGUGUCAGUGUCACUGGAUCACAAAUAAUAAAGAACCCUUUCAAAACA